AUGUCUGCCAUGCCCGCCUCUCACGGCCACAGCGCCGCCUGCUGCAACAUCCCUCCAAUUGUGUCCAAAGGAUACAAGCCCAAGGGCUCAUACGAGGAAAUCGGUGGCUACAAGACAUAUGUCACUGGCCCCGCCGACGCUACCAAGGCCAUUGUCGUUGUCUAUGACAUCUUUGGCUACUUUGACCAGACCGUCCAAGGUGCCGACAUCCUCGCCUUCAGCGACGAACAUCAGAAGUAUAAGGUGUUCAUGCCCGACUGGUUCAAGGGCAAGCCCUGCCCCAUUGAGUACUACCCUCCUGAUACCCCGGAGAAGCAAAAGGCCCUGGGCGAAUUCUUUGCCACUUUCCCUCCUCCCAAGAUUGCUGGUUAUGUUCCAGAGUACGUGGAUGCCGUCAAGGCUCACAGCCCGUCAGUUUCCAAGUUAGCCAUGCUGGGUUACUGCUGGGGCGGCAAAGUCGUUGCCCUCACCGUCAAGGCUCCCACCAACCCCUUCGCAGCCGCCGCGGCCGCCCAUCCCGCCAUGGUCGACCCGGCCGACGCCGAGGGCCUCACCGUCCCUUUUGCCCUGCUGGCAUCUAAGGACGAGGAUGUCACGGCUGUCAAGCAGUUCGAAGAGGCGCUCAAAGUCCCUCACCACGUCGAGACUUUUGCGGACCAGAUCCAUGGCUGGAUGGCCGCGCGUUCCGACCUGACGAAUGACCGUGUCAAAGAGGAGUAUGAAAGGGGAUACAAGACGCUUUUGGAAUUUUUUGGUAAGCAAUUGUAA